UCUAAAAGAAACCAUAUCAAAACAUACCACAAAGUCACAAACAUAAAACAACUACUACCAUCUUUACCUUAGACCUUCUGAAGGUUUAAGCACCAUGAAGGCAAUCCAACCCACCAUCAACCACUGCAUCCCAACCACUAGCCGCCUUCCGCUAAUUCGAGCUCGACAAGGAGUUCUCUUCGACACUCAACGAUUUUCAAAGGAGUCAAAUCCGGCAACUCGUUUAGCCCAAUCACUUACCCAAAAGCUCCAUCUCCAAAUUGAAUCCAUACAUGCCCAAAAAACUAUAACUCAAUCAAAUUUGAGUUCUAUUUUAGAAGACAAAAGUAACACUCCUAUAGAUUCCCCUAAGGAGGAUAUCUCAGAGAAGUGGCAAGAAUUUCAUGGUUUUAAUGAUUGGGACUCUCAUCUAGACCCUCUACAUCCUUCCCUAAGGCGAGAGCUAGUCAAAUAUGGUGAAUUCGCCCAAGCAACAUACGAUGCAUUCGAUUUUGAUCCAUACUCUGAGUAUUGUGGGAGUUGUAGGUACAACCGAAACAAACUCUUUGAGAAGGUUGGCCUUACUAGACACGGAUAUAAUGUAACCAAGUAUAUUUACGCGACAUCUCAAAUCGAUUUGCCUCAAUGGCUAGAGAAGUCCCAAGUGGCUGAGACUUGGAGUACACACUCCAAUUGGAUGGGAUUCGUAGGGGUGAGCGAUGAUGAGGAGUCGCAACGCAUUGGAAGGAGAGACAUUGUUGUAGCAUGGCGAGGGACAGUGUCAGUAUCAGAGUGGUACGAGGAUCUACAAAGGAAUUUGGAGAGGUUUGGACAUGGAGAUGCAAAAGUUGAGGAAGGUUUCUUAAGUAUAUACACCUCAAAAUGCCAAUCUUCAAGGUACAACAAAACAAGCGCCUCAGAGCAAGUGAUGACAGAGUUAGCAAGGCUCAUACAUUUCUACAAGAAAAGAGGGGAAGAAGUUAGCCUUACAAUAACAGGGCAUAGCUUAGGUGGUGCCUUGGCUCUGCUUAAUGCAUAUGAAGCGGCUGCAAUAUUUGUUAAUGUUCCAAUUAGUGUCAUCUCUUUUGCUGCUCCUAGAGUUGGAAACUCGGGUUUUAGAGACGAGUUACACGAGCUAGGUGUGAAGACAUUACGCGUUGUGAUCAAACAAGAUGUUGUUCCUUGGAUGCCAGGCAUGGUCUUCAACGAGCGUCUACAAAACUUCGAAGAGAUAACGAGGGGACUAGAAUGGGUAUAUACUCAUGUGGGUGUUGAGUUAAGACUUGAUGCGAGGUCAUCUCCUUAUUUGAAACGAGGUUUACAAUUGCAAGGACAUCAUAUGCUAGAGACUUACCUUCAUUUGUUGGAUGGAUUUGGAAGUUCUAAACUGCCUUUUAGGCAUAAUGCUAGAAGAGAUAUUGCUUUGGUGAAUAAAGAGUGUGAUUUGUUGAUUAAUGAGCUGAGAAUACCACCUAGGUGGUACCAAGCUUCUAAUAAAGGGCUAGUUCAAAAUGCUCAUGGGAGGUGGGUUAAACCUAAGAGAGAUCCAGAAGAUAUACCAUCCCCUACUUGUGAACCACAUUACCAUCAUGUACUUGCCUACUAACAAUCAAUAUAUAAAUGUACAUAUCAAGUUUUCGUAA